AUCUACAUUAGCGCAUGCGCGAUAAGGAGUGUCGACUUGUGGGACGCUCGCUCCUGUAGUAGGCCUGUAGAACCCGCCGGCAUCGGCGCUUUAGCCCCCACGGCUCCAGUUACGAGAAAGUUUUUUUCAGAAUUAAAAAGAUAACUAUUAAAAAAGGGUAGUUUUCAUUAGUGUAACGUGGAGUGCCGUGAUUCAAGCAACAUGCGGCGGCUUCUGAUGGUGGCGAUUUGUUGCUACGUGGUCUGUUCAGUCUCAUCGGCACCGGCAGAAAGCGAUGAACCGUACCUGAAAAUAAAUACUUUGAAGAACACGUUCAACGUUGGAGAGAAAAAAGCAAUCUACUGCGAAGGACAACAUGUAACGGGUGAUCUGGAAUGGUAUGAUCCCUCUGGCGCUAAGAUACCACCGAGAUCUACCAAGGCUAAGAGGAUUUAUGUGGAGCCCCGUGGUGCCGCUACUGAAGGGCCCACAUUUUUGCCUUUGAUGAUACAAAACUUGGUUCUUGCUGACUCAGGAACCUACAUUUGUAAGGCUGGGGAUCUAAGUGGCAAUAUUACUAUUUUUGUGGGCGAAAAAGUAGUAAUUAAAGAAUCGGAAGAAGAUCUAGUCGAGGAAGAAGGUCAUCAUAUUGAUUUAUCCUGCCAAGCCAAGGGUACACCAGUACCAGAUGUUCAAUGGUACGAUAAAGACAGCCAGCCCAUAGUUAAUAAUGCAAAAUACAGGAUAACAUAUAAGCCUAGAUCCAGCACUAGCGUCUUAAGAAUAAAUGACUUGAGUCACAUGGACCCCGGCACUUAUAAAUGUAAAGCAACACAGGAAAAGAUAUCACAUUUUGCGGAAAAGUUUUUCCACUUAAGUGUGAGGCACAAGCCGGUAAUAAUCAACGAAUACUCGGAGAGUGAAGUGUACGCUAUUUUAGACGAAUGGAAAAAUAUAACGUGCAAGGCCAUCGCAUAUCCCGCGCCUACCUUCACUUGGUCGAAGCACGACGACAACUAUGACGAGGAAAUGAGAAGUGAUGGCACGGACCAUAAAAUCACCACGUCAAAAGAAACAGACGGGAACUCAGUGCUGACGCUACACAUUACCAACGACACACUUGAAAAGCAGUACAAGUGCACGGUGGAGAACCCCAAGGGUCGCCAGAACUUCAUGUUCCACGUGUCGCUGGGGAACAAACCUGACCCACCAAGCGAUGUUGUGAUGUCAUCUGCAACUGCAAAUAAUAUAACAUUCGAAGUUUCCUGUGAAAACUGUACAUUUUACAAAGACGAUGGCAUAGCGCCUAAACCUGAAAAUCUCCCUGUUCUUGGUUACGUGUUCGAAGUUGUACCGCAUAUGGAGGGAUUUGCGGUACCAUACUGGCUAAAUGGGACGCAAUACACGUUCGACAUUACUUACGAUAACGAGACUACGUUUACAAUCGGCAAGUUGGAGAUGUCUACAGAGUACCACGUACGAGUAGCGACACGAAAUAUUGCAGGCCAAUCCGACUGGUUCGACGUCGUAGGAUUCCCUAAAACAACGGAUGGUGCUGCUACCUUAACCAAAUCGAUUGGGUUACUUAUCUUCGCCUUAUAUGUCUCCCUAAGAUACUAGUGUUUUAUGCCAACUAGAAAAAUAUGUCUAAAACGAUAUUGCUUUGUUUGAAAAUUUUGCUCCGGAACGGCUAACACAACUUGUUAAAGUUGUUGCAAGAAAUCGUCCCUUUCUUAUCUUAUCAGUUAGUUAAGAAUAGGUGACAAAUGUUAUGCAGGUAGCUCAAUGUCAGUCUUGUUAGCCAAUUAAUUGUUGAUUUUGUACCGGGGAGGUAGGACUAUGGGGCCAUUAGUGUAUUAAAUAAAAUACACUAACACAAUGCUGUUGGGUUCUCGUGGCUGAUGCACAGAUUUUAGCAUACGUGAUAUCCAAAAUGUAAUUAAACGGCACCGUAGCAUAUCCCGGAGUAAAUGAUUUCAUUGAGUCAUUUUUUACAGAUGUCUUUAAAGUGUAAAUGUGCUAAAAGCUUUGUAAUAACAAAGCUUUUAGCACAUUUACACUACACAGUUACAGCUCUAAAAUAUUAGAGCUUGAUAAAACCAUGUCCCUAUGACGACAUUUACAAACAUAACAAAGUUGUAGAUAAACAAUACUUGUAUAAUUACUUUAGAAAGUUUAGAAUAGCUACAUUACUAUUUUGUACUAUUGAAUCUUUCUUGUAACAAAUAGACGGAGAGACAAAGUUAUAUAAUUUUGAGAAAAACGAAACCCCUCUAGUUAGUUUGCUGUAUUAUCUUUACUUCUGGGUCUGAAUGCCUGACAGUUUUAAUUUGUGGAGGUCAGAGAAACAAACCAGCAACGGGGCUUUGGGCUAAAAGCGCUUCCUUUUAGCAUUUCAAUUGCCAAGUAGAAAAGAGAGCAGAGCCCGGAGCUUAAUUUGUAUAUUAAAAUAUACUUUGCUGACACAGGGCAGAACACUCACUGUGGCAGCACUCUCUUCCGUAGCUGCCAGACUCUCGAAUCUAGUAAUAAGAACCGUACUAUGUAAUGUAACUAGAGGUUUCGUUGCUCCUAAAAUGUCCUUCCUUUUUCCAGGCUAGCUCUUAGUCUACGAACUAAAUGGCUGAAAUAUAAACGUUGAAAAUGGCUAACAGGCCAUGUACACAUUGACAUCAGAAUGAUAUUUGAAUGAUGUAUUAUUAUAAUGUUUUUGCUUGUAUGUAAAUUCAAUGUUGACGUGUAAAAGUGCCCUUGUGGCCUAUUUGCUGAAUAAAUGUUGAAGUUGAAGUUGUCAUUUAGUUAUCGUGCGUCUCGCUCACGCCAAUACAUGUACAAAUAAGUACGAGCGAAAUGCACAAUAACUGAAUAACAUCAUUUAGAUGUCAUUCUGAUAUCAGUGAACGUUCGAAUUGGCCUGUAAAGGCAGGAUUCUACCAGUGUACAGCACCAGCACCAGUGUGUAGCAGUAUGUAGUGUACGGCACCAGUAUAUUCAGUACAGAAAUGAUUGUGCCGCACAGUACCUCACAUUGGUGGAAGCCUGCCUUAAGUAUGUCACAAAAUGUUACUAUGUAAAAUACAUGUAAUAUCUCGCAAAUAAGAAUUAAAUUCAUUUGCAAGCUUAACCAAUUUGUUAUCACAUAAGUGUGCUUUCGUGUUAUUAGGUAGGUACGAGUAAUUAUAUAAAUAUUUUUAAGACGGGCACCGAGUGAAGUCGCAAAUUUUGCAAGCUAUUUUGAAUUUGCUAUAUUUAUCUUUUAAAAAAAUCUCUCGACAAAAAUACUAUCAACUCAAAAUGUAUUUAUUUGUAGAAGAUUAUCUAAUAAAUAUCUACUAGUCUAACGCGAAAACACGAUCACUAUGUCAUACAUAAUGCCUUAAUUCAGAUUUUAUUUUGCUAUAGACAAAACACAUCAUACUUAGAUCGGAUAAUAAUGCAAUCACAGAAUUACCCCUACUAUCAUAAUUUAUUUAAGAUUUUCCGAAAUUAGGUCCAGUACCUUUAGCUUAAGCUUAAGCUUAGCUUUGGUGCGGUGCGGUAUCAAAUAAAAUAUAUCAUACUAAUAUAUAUAUAUAUAUAUUUGUUUAAUAAUUUUCUAAAAGAUUUAUAAAAUAACAGAAUAGUCGCAGUAAAACGUGCGCAAUAUUGUUUAAGUAUAUUAUUAGCUUAACCAUGAUAAACUUAAUGUUAGUGUAAACUUGUAAUCGGGUUGGUUUGGCUUUGUAAAUAGUCUACGACUUGUUAACCUCAAUUUAAGCAGGAUUAAAGUGUGAUUAAAGGACUUGUUAUAAUAGUUUACAUAAAUAUUUUGUUGAGUAAAUACAAUAGCGGAUGUGUUCUCCAGCUUACACAGUACGCGGCCUAUAAUUUCAGGCCUAGAGGAUGAACCGAUAACCCUACUAACUACACUAUCCUAAAGACUCAUUGAUUGUAUUAGAUGCGUACGAUCGUGCUUCAAAUUUGACAGCUAAUGUAUAUGUAGAUGGCGCUGUAUGGCCCCGUAACCAUGGUUAUAAAAAAAUUACGUUUAUAAUUCAGUGACCACAAAACAUGGCGCAGCAUAAUUAUUUCUUUAGCUGACUAACUGUGGAGCACCAUUUUUUUUAACUUUACUUAUCUUAUACAAUCAAUUAAUCUUUGCUAAUCCUAAAUUCUUAUUACACUCUUAAUAGUUAGUUAGAAGGCCGUUCAACCAUGAAGCCUAUAUCCAAUAGAACGUUUUUGGAAUGAGAAAGUUUAUGUCACACUAAUUUAGUGAUAAGACUGAUUUCUUAUAAAAUGCCUUAGACGAACACGCAGCCUUCUUUUCGCUAGGCACAUCUAAGGUCGGUUGUUUUAAACCGCCUGAAAUCGUAAGGUUCGUUGUUCGUUAUUUGCUUUUUUUGUCCUUGUGCCCUCUCUUGGGUUAUGUUCGGUGCUAAGCUAACCUAACAAAGUCAUUAUACCUGUUCCAAAAUCUCCAAAUUGCUGAUUUUUAUUCACGAUGUAAAAUGCCCAUAAACAUUGUUUGGCUUCCAGAAACGUCUUGUUUACUAUAAAUUGUACACAAAGAGGAAAGAAAACGAUUUAUUUAUCUAAAGUUCAAUUUUUUUGCAAAUUUAAUAAACCUUCUUUUUCGGAAAGCGUUCGUAGUUUAAACGUGAUGUAUUUAAGUAAGAAUAUCUAAUUCUGAUGUUGCACUUAUUUACACGUAGUAUUUCAUUAUUAUUUAAGUUGAUGUGUGAUUUCAAUAUAAUACUUAAUUUUAAAUGUAUAAUGGAUGAAAAUCUAUUUAAAGAAAGACAAUAUGUGUACAGGUAAAAUACCAAAGAUUUCGUUUGUUAGGAUUAACCAAUGUAUUUUAAUAUCAUUUAAGGCAUUCCUAUGUAAUUAUUAAUUUUAUUAUUUGUAAAUAACAAGGGUGUAUUGUAUACAUACUAAGGCAAUUAUUGUGGUCAACCAAAAACAAUGACAUCCGUCAAUUUUAUAAGAGCUGACUAAUCUAGGUCUAAGAGCUAGCCGCGGGAAAGGUAUAAAAUUUAAAGAUCAACAAUAGUGACCCCAUUGAGUAUUGGCUUAUCAAUAGAGGCUUAUUACCUGAUCAAUGGAGGUCAGUAUGGAAGCGAAGGAAGGGGUUUUCAGGGUUAGCUCUCGGUCCAUAAUGCUCAUAGUUUUCUUAAGACUGAGUUUCUUAAGUCUUUUAUAACGAAGGCAGAACAUGCGGAACUGAUUAUUGGAAAGUCGAAAAUAAAGCUAACGCCGUGCACGCCGUGCAAUUAUUACAGUAGCAUUGUUUUUAUUGACUCAUUAAUAAGUAUUUACCUAAUAAAAUAGAUCUACAUAGGUAUAUACUAUACAAUAUAAUUAUACCUAGUUACGCGUCUUGUAUUGUCUACUUCAAAGACGGUGACUAUCUCAAAACCGACAAUACUUACAAAGUUAAGGCUUGAUAAGGAGACUAAUAUUGAAGCAUAAAUAUCCAGCAAUUAUUAAGUCUGUGCAAUUAGUAUUUUAUAUACUAUAGGUAGAUCGUUUAAUCCAUUUUCUCAAUGUCAACGAUGUUAAAUGUUAGUCAAAGCAGCGCCAUCGACAAUUAAAAGUUUCCGUGCGCAUAAGUCACAUAAAUACGCUUAAAUUAAAGUUUAUUUCCGUUCCGAUCCAGCAUUUGCUGCGGCUUAUCUAUGAAACACGAACUAAGUAUGUAAGUAUUUGGAAAUAGUCAAAAAUAUACCUGGGAUCUAAUUACCAUAGGGUGUGGUCCGUAGUCAUUAUACGCAAAUGCAGACAUGCGUUUAAAAAAAUGACAGUUUUGACUCACUAAGGCCCACUUGCACCAUUCCACUAUCCCGGGGUUAACCGGUUAAACCUUUUUUUUACAAUGUGGUAAUGCUGUUACGCAUACCCCCUGUGACCUAAAGAGGCGUCGGGGGUUAUGUGGGACUCCCAUAUUCAAUUCCUUUCUCUUAGCGAGAAAAGGGGGAGAAGUCCUACCCACUAAACCCACAUCGGCUUUACCCGCAUUGCCGUAUGGGAGACGUCAUGGGAUCGCGAACAUUCUGGAGUUACCAUGAUUACCAGUACAAUUUUACACUGGGAUAACGGUUUAACCGCUUAACCCCGGGUUAGUGGGAUGAUGCAAGUGGCGUUAAGGGCCACUUGCACCAUCCCACUAACACGGAGUAAAACGGUUAAUAAACCCAGGGCCGGAUUUGCACCUAGGCCCACAAAGCCCGCGGGCUUAGGGGCCUAGGCAACCUAGUUUUAAAUUCUAAAUGCCAUAUAAAGUGCCUAGAGCCCUAGAUCUCUAAAUCCAGGCAAUUUGAUACUGGGUUAUCGGUUUAACCUGUUGACCCCGGAUUAGUGGGAUGGUGCAAGUGGUGCUAACUGUUAAAGUUAAAGAUUGUCAUAUUGUAAUGAAUGAUUGUUUAUUAAAUGUUUAUAUAACCGUUUAAUUGGCAUUAAGUGUUCUGAAAUGUCUUUUUCAACGCACUUGCUCAAAACAACGUUUUUAUUCCACCGAUUUUUGGCUCAUAAUCCUAGAUAUUAAACACGCGUGCUCUUUCAGUGUAAUAUUCCACUCGUGCUUUUUCAUUAUAUUAUCCGACUGAGUUAAGAAGGUAAUUGAUUGCUAAUAAUAUGCAUGGAAAGGGAGCCUUCUUUAAUUGGUCAGACUGGCGGGCACCGGCACGCCCGACCGCCUGCGCGAUGCGCAGCCCGGCCGGCCCGCCCGCCGCGCCGCCCGCGGCCGGGGCGAGGGGCGGCCGCCAGUAUGACAGAUGCAACACACAAUACUAACUGUUUUAACUAUUAAAAUUUGAUUAAUAUGAGUUUCUUUUUUUUCUCGCAAGUGUGUUGAAAAACGUCGUAUGAAACGCGUGUGCAUUGGUCAUUACACACAUCGGCUUUCUUAUUGCGCGCUCGCUUACAGCUCGCGCGCACAAUAUCGCCUCGUAUGUAAUGACCAACUUAGCACACUUGUAUCAUAAUGUACUAUUAAAAUAUAGUUAUGACUUAUGACUAAAUUUGUUUUCUACGACUGCAAUUCUACGGGUAUACAGUGUCAACACUAAUGUUUCUGCCUCCAAUAAAGGUGAUUCAUAAAGACAUAAUA